GGGAUUCUGGCGGCGGGGGGUUCGCGGACAGGUUGCAUGGAAUGAUCGGUGGGGGACCGGAGUCUGAGAAGAAGGAGGAUGGGUUGGACAAGGCAAUCGAUUACGUGCAGGAGAAAUUCCUCGGCCAGGGUCCUCAGGAGAAUGAGUCGGCGCUUGAGCAGGCUAAGGAUGGGCAGAUCGCUGGUUUCAUCCGCAGCCAAUACAAGGGGUCUACUGGGAAGGAAUUUCCUAUUGCCGAUAAAUAGAUAGUCUUGAUCAAUGCGGGGGGGGGCGAAAGAAGAAGCGGAGGAGGAGGGGGUAAGUUAGUGGAACAGGGUGGGCGUACGGAUUUUUCAGUCUAGUUUACUAUCUAUCUACCAACCAACCACAUCCAUCCACCC